AUGCAAUAAGAGGAAAAGAAGAAAGGGGACUCUGGAAAACUGGAGACAAUUGUAAGAAUCAAAUUAUGAAAUAGAAAAUUAUGAAUGGAUUCUCUGAUAAGGAAUGGAGUAAUUUAGACAAAAUUGAAAGAAUUGAACUUACUCUUGAAGACUUUGGAAGAAUGAAUGUAAUAUAGAUGUUCAAAAAUUUGAAAUCUUUAACAUUAAUAAAUGUUGGUAUCACUGUUAUUGAAGUAUUCAAUAAUUUAUUUAACUAGGGUUUAGAUGAUUUAACUAAAUUGGAGGAAUUAAAUUUGAAUGAGAAUUAAAUUGCUAAAUUAACUGGUUUGAAAGCAACACAAAAUUUAAAAUCUCUUUAUAUAUCUCAUAAUGUGAUUCAAAAAUUGGAAGGAUUAGAGUCAUUAACUAAACUAGAAAUAUUGUGGCUUUGCGAUAAUAAAAUCGAUACUAUUUAAAACCUAGAUUAAUUAAUGAAUUUGAAAUAACUUUGGUUAGCAGCCAAUUCUAUAAGUAAUCUAAGAACUUCUUUGGAUAAAUUAAAAAACUUAUAUGAUUUAAAUAUAAGUGGAAAUAAAAUAUGCAGUUUUAAGGAAGCCUUAAAUUUAAAUCGUUUACCAAAUCUUAAAGUUUUGGCAUUUUAUGAUCCUCAUUUUGGUGAUAAUCCUAUAUGUAAUCUUUGUAAUUAUUAAACCUAUGUACUUUAUCAUUUAAGAAACAUAUAUAAAUUGGACACUCUUAUGAUUUCUGAUGAUUAAAAAUCUUUUGCUGAAGGAACUUUUAUGAAAAAGAAGAUGUAUUAUAAUAUGAGAAUAAAAACUAUGUAAAGAACAUUUUCUACAUUAUGUAAAUUAUUAAAGAAAGGUAAGAAAAUAAAAACUGAUUCAUUAUGUGAGGAUAUAUCUAAUUUAAAUAUUAAAUUAGCUUAGGAAUAAGAUAAAGAGAGAUAAUAACUUUUAGAGAAUAAAUAUGAAGAAUAUGAGAAUUAAAAUGAAAUUUAUAAUAGUAUUAAAAAAAAAGUAUAUGAAUACUGCAAUUAAAGCAUACAUAAAUUAAUUACAGAAUUAGAAACUGGAGGUAAUAUUAGAUUGGAAGAAGGAAAAACAAAUGAAAAAUGGUAUGGUUCUUGUGUUGAUCUUAUAAACUCAAGAUUUCAUGCAGAAUAAAUGGGUAAAUUUGGUAUUAAAGAUAUUCAAAUAAAGAGAGUUGUUAGAAUACAUAAUAAAUUCAUUAGAAAUAAAUUUGAAGAAAAGAUGGAAUCAUUAGUUGAUGUAUCAAAUCAGAGUCACAAAAAAUCACUUGAAUAUCUAUUCUAUGGUGUUGAUCCAAAUUUUCCAUCAGAAAUAUAUAAUGUAAUAGAAGAAGGAUUUAGAAGUUGCCAAGUAAUUAAUUUUAUUUAAUAUUUUAAGGAUUCUCAAUAAAUAGGAUUAAGUUCUUAUACACCUUUGGUUAAUAGUAUUUUAGGGGCUGAUGCUCCAAGAAUUCAGCAUCUAUUAAAUGGAUAAGAACAUGCUCAGAAAUUAAAUAAGAGAUUUAUUAAACGAAAGUAUUAAUUCAAUUAUAUAUAUAGAUUAUACUAUUAAAAAUAUAAUGUGAUUCCACCUGGUGUAAUUCUAAUUUGCAAAGUUUUAAUGAUUAAAUCAGUUUCUGAUUCAAAAUUCCCAUAUUUUAAUCCUGAAUAACCAUGGAGUGAGAUGUAUCAAAAAGCUCCUGUUGAUACCAAAUAAUAUUAAGAUGAAUAUACUGUUUUAAGAGUUAUGGAAAAUGAUCCAAAACAUAAAUUAUGGUUUGUACUUGACAAUAAUCUUGUAUUACCUGAAUAUUUUGCUGAAUUUGAAUAUGUUAUGUAAUCUCCACUUUAAAAUAAAAUUGCUGAUUUUGGAUCUGCAUUAGGGGUUUUAGAGUCAGAGGAAGAUGAUUUCAUUACUCCUGCUAAUAUUAAUAAAUAUAAAGACAAUAUAAAUGAUUUAUAUAAUCAAUUAGCUGAAGAUUUGAAUAAUUAUCAAUUUGAGAAUUUAGAAGAAUAUCCAACUUAUGAAUUGAAAGCUUAAGAUUUAGAUAGAUCAGAAUGUGCAUCUCUAAAACCUGCUUUGGUGAAUUACUUCAAAUAUUGUUUAAGUAGAUCAACACUUUAUGAAUUAAAUCCUAAUUUGGUUGGUACACCAAAUUUAAAUGAAAUAUUGAAGAAUCAAAUUUAAUUCUUAAAUUUAAGUAAUUGUUCUGUUUAAGAUAUAACAUUUGUAAAAGGAUAAUUUCAUACUCUCAUCCUUAGUUAUAACAAAAUAAGUAAUAUAACAGGUUUAAAUGAAUUACCAAAUCUAAUUAGACUUGAUUUAUCACAUAAUGAAAUAUCUAAUCUUAAUGGUCUACAAGGUUUGAAUCAUUUAGAAGUUUUAGAUUUAACACAUAAUAAUAUACAAGAUGUUGAUUAAGUAGGAAUUCUUAAAUACAAUUAAAAUUUGAAAUAUCUAUCUGUAGUAUUUAAUCCAAUAGGUGAAUACAAAGAAACAAGAAAGGAAAUAGUUAUGAUCCUAAAUAAUUUAGCAUUCUUAGAUCAUUUACCUGUAACAGAGGAAGAUAGAGAACCAACUACUAAUUAAAAAUAAUAUAUUACUACUGGAAUGCUUUAAACAUUUAGUAAAGUUUAACAUGAUUGGAAAUAACAUAUUUAAUCAGUUAUGAUUACUCACUAAAAACUAAGUAGUAUGAAAGGUUUGGAAGAAUUAGUACAAUUAAGACACUUAAAUCUAGGUCAUAAUAAAAUAACAUAAAUUACAUCAAUUUAAGAUUCAGUUUUACUUGAAGAACUUAAUUUAGAAAAAAAUUCUAUUAUUUAAAUUUAAGGAUUAGAUAAUAUGUAAUAUUUAAAGAAAUUAGAAUUGGGAGGCAAUAAAAUAUUUUAAAUAGAUGGUAUAUCUAAUUUAAUUAAUUUAAUGUAAUUAUCUUUAGAGGAUAAUGCUAUUCUUAAUUUAAAAGAAUUUCCAGAUUUGAAAAGUUUAAUGGAAAUAUAUUUAGGAAAUAAUAAUAUAACUAAUUAAAAAGAAAUUAAUAAUAUUAAACAUUUACAAAAACUUAUCAUAUUAGAUUUAUCUGGAAAUCCUUUUGCAAGAGACACUAAUUAUAGAUCUUAUGUACUUUAUAAUAUUCCAAAAUUAAAGGUUUUGGAUGGAAUUUCUAUAGAGGCUUCAGAAUAAUAAAUGGCAAAAAAUUUAUAUACAGGACGUUUGACUGAAGAGAUACUAUUUUCAAGACUUUAAGGUUAACCUGCAAAUAAAAUUACUGAACUUUGUUUAUAGAAUUGUGAAUUAAGAGAUUUUGAAGAUGUUUUUAAUGUUUAAUCAUUCCCAUAAUUGGUAGAAUUAGAUUUAAGUCAAAAUUUAUUUACUUCUACUAAAAUGUUAGGAUUCUUACCUUAAUUAAAAAUUUUAAUAUUAACUUCAAAUAAAAUUGAAACUCUAUUGUAUCCAACUGAUAUAAAUUAAAAAAAGGGAUUAAAUGGAUGUUAAUAAUUAUAGAUUUUAGAUAUAUCAUAAAAUUGUUUAAAAGAAUUUAAUGGAUUGUAAUAUUGUUUAUUAAAAGAUUUAAAAAUAAUGAAAUGUGAAAAGAAUGAGAUUAUUAGAGUAGAUUAUUUAGAAAAUUUAAAAUAAUUGAAAGAAUUAGAUUUAAAUUAUAAUAAAGUAAGAUAAUUUGAUCCUUAAUCAUUUAUUGCAUAAAACCCAAUUAAAUGUUUAAAAAUAGAUGGAAAUGGAUUAAAGAAUUUCUAAAAUAUUUAAAAACUAUUUAAAUUACUUGUAUUAAUUUAUUUAUUUUAUUAUAGCAUCUAUUUGCUAAUUCAAAUAGAAUUAAUGACUUACCAGAUAUUGAACAUCUAGUUGCUCUUACAUAACUUAAAGAAUUAGAACUUGUAGGUAAUUCAUUGAGUAGAAGACCAGGAUAUCGAUAAAUGAUUUUAAGAAAGUUGCCAACUAUAUUAUAUCUUGAUGGAAGAGUAAAAAUUAUUAAAUAUUAUUAUAGGAAGUAACAUAAGAGGAAAGAGAAAGAUUAGAACUUGUAGAUAGAUAGGCUGUACUACCUCAAAUGUAGAUUCAACAAUAGCCGAAUACUAAAGUACCAGUUAAAUUAAGUUCUAUCAACUUUGAUGGGAUUUUCAGCAAAUGAA